AUGUCGAAGAUAUUCUACGUUUUCACUAGUGUACCUCUCUUCUAUUCUAUAAUGGCAUCACAAUUCACCCAAAUGUUUAUGGUCGCUGAAAGGUGGACGGCAACUAUUUUCGUCCAAAACUAUGAGUCUGGCUUCAGAAAGCUUGGACCGUUCUUAAUAGCAACAAUCGCUUGUUUUGGGAAGUUCGAUAUGUCGCGUAGAGAUUACUCCGGAUCACUGAAAAGGAUACCCGCUCUGAUGAUGCUCACAGCUUGUUGCCUUUCCCUCACGUAUCUGGGUGAAACCUUUGAUGCACCACAAUGGUAUGCUCGAGCAAUGCCAAGCACUUCAUACUCGCGAUCAAAUAUAUUGAUAUUGACGAUGCUCAUACUGAACUUCGUCAGUCUGAUUCUGACUAUUGCUUUGUACGUCGUAAGCCGUCGCCAACAGAGACUACUGACUCUAUCGUCGAAAUUCCAAUCAAGUGAGAAUGCAAUUGUAUCUACUCUGCUCUUCUGGAUUUCUGCUAGUCAGUUCACGGCCUUAUUUUUGGCACAAGCGAUCGGUCUUUAUAUGAGAGCCUACUUAUUCAGCAAUCCUCUCAAAAAUGCUUAUAGAGAAAACCUCGAUUUCUUUAACUAUUACACGCUAUUGCUACCAAUAUUGUCAAUACUCUUCUUUGUGAAAAUCAAGCGAUCUCGAAUUAGGAAUAUCAAGACCAACAUUAAUAUGAAAUCGGAUAGGAGUUGA